CGGGGAGUACGUCGGGGAAUCUCAUAUUGGAAAGAAGUUCCCAUAUUGUCUCCCUAAGGCCAACGCCCUUAGUUAGGAGUACGUCCGAAGAUCUCAUAGGAAAAGGAGGUAUCCCAUAUUCGCUCCCUAAGGACAACGCCCUUAGUUCGGAGUACGCCGUAAGAACUCAGAGAAGACCGACGUAGUCCAUAUUGUCUCCAUAAGGCCAACGCCCUUAGUCGUAUCCAAUUGAGUAUAAUAAUGAACUAAUCUAGGAGAAAAGAAGAAAAUUUAUAAUAUUGUGACAAAUCAAGACCUCUCCAUGAAAUGAAGAUCUAUCCGAGAAUACAGAUGAACAUAAAGACAAAAUAAACUUUGAGGUUAUGCUGAUCCGAGCAAUACCACAUCACGAUAGAUGGCACCACAGUGAGGGGGGAAAAUGGCCACGACCCCUGAACAAGUUGUAUGUACUCCUACAUUCGUAUUUCCAGCUGCUUUCCCUGGUUUUGAUCCAAGAUCUCAUUUAGCAAACUUCCAUGCAAAUGCUGCUGCUGCUGCUGCUACAACACAACCAACCCAAGUUCAGUUGCAGAAUGAUAUUAAAAAUAAAGCACUUCGUAAUACUGGAUUAAAACUUCAGACCCAGGUUUCAAAUAACGAAUUUGGGGCUGGAAGAAAUUUAUUAGUUGCCACUUUACCAAAUGCUUCAUUUUCUAAUAUUGAUACAAGCAAGGUUCCAUUGGGAACCACUGAAAAACAAAAUAAUGGGAAUAUGAAAGAUAAGUUGUGGCCUUGUCCAUCAUGCAAAGUACCAUUUAAGGCAGCUUCUGAAUUACAGGUUCAUUUAUCAGCUCAUACAAAAGGAGAAAGAACUGUACCAUGUCAGAUUUGUGGAAAAUAUUUUGUAUCUUUGGAAAGAGUCCGCAUACAUAUUCGUGCAGCUCAUGGUGAAAAAUCUUGUUCCUGUGAUAUUUGCGGAAGUGGUUUUAGCUAUCGUUGCAAACUUCUUGAUCACAUGAGGACUCAUACUGGUGAUAAACCUUUCCAUUGUGAUGUAUGUGGAAAGUUUUUCUCUCAGAAGAAUCACUUAACACGUCAUUCAAUGAUACAUACAGGAGAAAGACCAUACCCAUGUGAUUUCUGUGGUCGAGGAUUUUAUAGAAAAGAUAAACUUACCAGACAUCGCCGCAUUCACACUGGAGAAAAACCAUACACUUGUCUGACAUGUGGUGAAUCUUUCUAUCGUAAAGAUAAAUUGACUGGACACAUCAAAAUGCAUGCUGGAGAAAAUCCUGCUUCCUGUGGCAUUCCUGGAAAAUUUUUGGAUGAUAAAAAUUUAAAGAAUUUGAGUACCCUUAAUACUUGUCAGCUUCCUGUAUCCUCAGCCCAGCCACCUAAUCAUAAUACUGGUCUAUGUCCUACUGGAAAUAAUAAUUCAGGUGGAAAUGCCAAUAAUGCAGCUGCACCUGGUACUAGUGGAGGUCCUAAUGGAGGAAAUAUUAAGCAUGAAUCUAAUCCAACUCCAAACCCUAAUCCAAGCACAAGUACUGCUAGCCCAAGUCCAAGUUUAAGUCCAAGUCCAAACCAAUUUGCAUCACUCCCUUACAAAAGAGACUGGCAAAAUCCAAACCCUGGCGUUCAUUAAUUCAUUUUUUAUAAUUUUUAUGUUUAAAUCAUAUAGUUUACAAAUUUUGGCCUAACUACUUUGCAUUAAGUAUUUUCAGUUUGGCUGUGUAAAAAUUACAUAUUCUAAUCUUGCAUCUGUAAAAAAUAUAUAUACAUAUAUAUAUAUUCGUAGUAUAUAUUCAAAUAUAUACAGGCAUACAUACAAGACUAGAAUAUCUAUGUGGCCUAAUUGAUUUGUAAUAUAACAAUGUCUUCUUUGCACAGUGUUAGCUAAAAUCAUAAUUCAUUGAAAAUCAAUAUUGAGCUGUAGUGCAUGUAAGUUCAUUGUUAUAUCGUCACUCAGGUUAUGGGUUUAUCUGUUUUAUUUCAUAUUUUCAUGACAACUUGUGCAACCUAUGUUGUAUAUACAGGGAUUAUUGCAAUGGUAUUAAUUUUUUUUUAUAUAUAUAUAUCUUCUUUUUUUUAGGAGGCAGAAUUACAUGUCAUACAAAAUAUUUUAAUGACUGAGGCAAAUUAUUCUCUAGAAGGGGAUUGUUACUUAAUCCAUUUCAUUCAUAAAUCUUAAGAAAUUUUUGCAGUGAAUAAUUACAGUUAUUUGAUGUUUGUAUUUGUUUAUAGUUGCUAACAUAUCAGUAAAGUGGCAAAAGAAGUGUUAUUUGUUGUGUAGAAAAAUUUUUAGAUUUGAAGAUAAGUAAUUUGCUAUUAAUGUAUGUAGAUGCUUUUUUAGUAUAUUUACUAGCCAUAUUUUGAUUAAUUUUUGUCAUUUUAUAAAUUGAAAAAAUUUCAUAUAUCCCAGAAACAUUUAUAAUGCUUUAUAUGUUAGUCAGUGUACUGUAUAUAAAGAUAUGGUAUCUAAGGAUAUUCUCAAUUUUAUUUUAUCUGCAGCCAAUAUUAGAAUUAUCUUUGUAACUCAAACAAAUUUUAAAAUAUGUAGAAUUGCUACAGCUUUGAUCAUAAUUCUGUAUUGAAAACAAAAUAAUAAAUAUGUUACAAUAUAUUAAACUUGCUUAUUUAAAAUUGUUGAUUAUACAAACAACAUUUCAUUUACUGUUAGAAUAUUUAAUAAUGUAGUUUCAACAUUUACAAAAGAAAUUAUAGGAUAUGACAUCUUAAAGUACAAGAAAGUAUGUUUGUAUGCUGUUUAGAUAUCAGUAAACUGGAAUUGCUUUUUUUAGUUCUUUCUAGUUUUAGAUUAUUUUUGUUAAAUAUUUUAUUUCACAGAUUUUUUAGUAUAUUCCUAUUAAUUAAAAUACCUUAAAUGCAGUUGAUUUUAUUUGAAGAUUGUUAAAGUUUCAGCUGUUCUCAAUGUCAUACAUGAAGAGAACAAGCUAUAUAAUUUUCCAAACUUACUUUAUUAGUAAUAAUAGAAUUGAUAUUUUCAAUACAGUAGUUUUAAAUAUUUGAAAGUAAUACAAUAUGUUUACAAGUUUAGGUUUUUAAUUUUUUUAUUCUGUUGGAAUACCUGGAUUUAUGGAAUGCUCAAUAAUUAAGAUGUUUUCAUUUAGACACUUAUAUUGUCAUUGCUGUUUUUCAUUAUCAAACAAAUAAUGUUCUUUUCACUUUUAUACAGUGUGAAUUAGGAGGAUAGGAAAAUACAUUGGGAAGUGAUAGUCUUUGUAAACAAAAAACUAUAUGAAUGUGGGUACUAUUCUCAUUUGUUUUGGAGAUAUAUCUGUUUGAAAGUUGCUCACAUACACAAUAAUGAAUUAUACAUAUGUUACAUUCAUAAAAAAUGCUCAAAAUUUUCUCAUUGUUAUUGUAUGAGUCAUUUUAAGCAAAACAGUUCUUUGCUUAUCCAUACUAUUAUCUCAGUGUAUUUCCUUAUUUCCCUAUCCUGACUCACCCUGUAUAUGUUGGGGCUAUUUUUUUUGUAUAAAAAUAUCAAAUUCUAAGGUGUUUUUAUCAGCAGCUUGUGCACUAAUGCAAAUUGUUCUACAUAUAUAUACAGUGCUCUUUUUCUUAAAAAAAAAAAAAACAUUACUACUGAUAUGCAUAUUAACCGAGGGACAAAAAUCCUAAAACGGUAAAUUUUUUCAACCUCAGUAACUUUUUACCAUAUUUAAAAAAAUCUAACCAAAUUUACAUUAAAAUCAUUAAUAAAAUAGGAAGAUAUAUUCUUUUUGUUUAAAAGACGACAAAUUUUGUUAUGAAAUUAUUUUUCCUAGUGCAAUACAAAGUAGUAAAACACGAUAAUGGACAAAAAUACUGCAACACAGGAAAGCAGACAAGUCCUGCAACUUUGAGUUUAGUGUUGUGUAACUCCACCUUUGAUCUUUAAAACUGCUUUAAUUCUUUGUGGCAUGGAAUAAAUUAACUCUUUAAACAUGAGAUUGACCAAAAUUACUUAAUAUAUUUUGAGAUGAAAUUGGCUGAAGACAAAAUUGUUUGACUGGUUUUGGUUUACAAAUUUCCCACCACAAGCCUAGCCUGAGGAAUAAAAAUUUUACAUCAGAUACAUAGAAGAAAUUUUUGGAGUUUAGAGUUAACUUCUGAUAUUCUUGGAUACUAAUUUUUCAUACUAGAUGUGUUUUC